AUGUUGUCCCAUCUUCGCUUCCACCGACGCGGCCCCUCGAACCCCUCGUCUCCCAACCCUGACCAGGCGGCGGCCCCUUCUCCCUGGGAGCACUCCCCCUCCAACGCGCAACCUCCCUUCCUCCAGCAAGAUGUGCCCUCAAAUGACGCCCGCUCCCCGUCUGUCGCCGUCUCGUCGCCUGUUCUGCCCCCCACACUGCCCCCCAUCACCCGCGUCACCUCGUCCGAAGCCGAAUCCCAGCUCGACUACAUUCCAGCCCCCGAUCCAAAGGUGUCCCUGUCCCGCCAAUCGGUCAAGUCCCCCUUCAAUGACGAGUCUGGCUUUAUGGGCGGCGUAGCGUUGCAAAAAUAUCGCCGCGAACAACAGCAGCAGCUGCUGCAGGAACAACAACACCAACACCAGCAACAGCAACAGCAGCAACAAGCACUACAACCGCAGACCACGAGGAAGCCAGACACCCUCAACGUGUACUCGCACACACUCGCGCCGACAUCACCAAGUGCUGUACCUGUCCCUCCCGGAACCGCACAAGAAUCUCGCCCAGGACUUCCGGCGUUACAGACACAACCCCAGAAUCAAGCCAUCUCCGGUCGACGCCCGCCCGCCCCAAGGCUCGCCACCGAGCCGAGCCCCGUGGCUGCCCCCAACAACGAUAUCGAGGUAUCCAAGGGCAGGAGAGCCUUGCCGUUCCUCAAAAACCCCAUGUCGACCCUAUUGAUGCGUCGGAGCAAGACGAACCACAACGCGCCCGAAGUCACGCCUCUUCCUCUGAACGAGAACUUCCGUCAGCCUUCCUAUGACCCCCGCAUCAGAGGUACGCGUGUUCACGACUUCAGCGCGCCCCGCUCGACGCGCAGACCCGUGCCUUCGCCCUUGCCCGAUCAGAUCGAUGGAGAGGACCAGGCAGGUCUCUUCAAAACGUCGUCGAGAGACGGCUCGCGUGACCUCUUGACCCAGGGCAGGCACAAAAGUAAUGCUUCCGACUCCGGUCAGUCCGGGUCGUUUGGAACCGCUUCACAACUGCUUCCCGACGCCGGCAGCAUCGCCUCGAAUAAGACAAGGAGCAGCUCCAACCUCGACAGGAAGCCCCUGCCUGAGCCACCAAGCGUGCCAGAGGAGAACAUUCCUCCCUCUGUUCGCUCCACCUCAUCAGCUUCCAGGGUAGCCCCGAACGAGGCUGUGGCCGUACUGAGAGCUUCAGCUCCGUCCACGAGAACCAAUCGAUCCCGCAAUGCAUCCAUUGGUGCACUUUCUGGCAAAGAUGUUCUAUCUUCUGUACCCCGCCAUAUGAAGAGCACAUCCUCCAGGUUCAGCUUUGAUAUGGUUGGUGCAGCCAAGCAGGAAAAGCUGCUGGAGGAGAGGCAUCGACAGCGCGAAUUGGAAAAGAAGACGAACGAGCCCGAGUCUGAUACGAUCCGCGACUCGAGAUUUGAUGACUUCGACGAGGAUGGCUUCGACUAUGAUGCCAUGAUGGAAGACGAUGGUCUUGAGGAGCCGAUCCCAAUGGCUGACGAUGACUAUGGCUAUGAUGACGGGUUCGAAGAACCCAUCCCCAUGUCUCACGACGAUUACGAUGAUGGCUUCGAAGAGCGCAUUCCCAUCAAGUCGGACGAAUACGAUGUCGAAGAAGAGCCUGUUCCCGUGACCGACGAUGACUACGACGAGGAUGAGGAGCCCUUUCCCUACGAGAACCUCCUAAGCAGCAAGCUACCAGCAGAGGCCCUGCCUGUCGCCGAGGCCGAUACCGCAAAGGACCCUGACGAUGACCAAGAGAAUUUCGCCGGCUUUGUUUUCCAACGCUCCAAUCCGACUUCCGAGCUUGCCACCCCUCGAAGCGCGGGGUUACUUGUCACCCCGCGGGAUGCAGAUGGCAAGGUCAUUGGAUUCGCCAUGUCGAGUACGCCCGGGCUGCCAGCCACCGUAUCCCCAGAACUUCCCGCCGAAUCGUCUCUGCCAUUGGAUGGCGACCACGAUGUGGCCGGCCUUGGAAUCCGAGGUCUCAAUCUGGCCGACCACACCGACUCCAUGGCAGUGGAGCAGACCACCGUUCCGGAGCACACUGCGACAGCCGAUGAGCCAACACUGGCAGGUCCACCAGCAAGAAAGGAUGAUCUGUACUUCGAUGGUGGGCUGCUGGAUGAGAUGGAAUUUGCGGGCGAAGGCGAUGGCUCGACGUUUGAUGAAUCCAUCUUUGAUAUGAUCGACACGGAUAAGUACGGACGUCCGAUCCCAGGCGCAUUUGCCGCCGCUCAGGCAUCCCGACAGGCCUCACACGCGGCAGUCGAGGCAGCGGCGGCGGAGGAGCAGAGCAAACGCGUCUCGGACAGCACCUCCCGACUCUCGGCACUUUCCGGAGCGGACCCGUCCACGGCGCAUACGUCUCUGAGCGUCGGCGUGCGGCACUUGUCUGGUGCCAGCCACGAGGGCGAGGGGCUGCCGUCCGACAGAGCCUCGGCACGGACGAUCCCUGGCCCCGAGCAAGACAAGAUGGCCGUCUACCAAGCAGCUCUGGCCGCUGCGGCAAAUGAAGCGGCGGCGAACGGCAAGUUCCGGAGGGACUCAUCCCCUCCGCCAAGCGAGAUCAUGUCGGCCGGUCCAGAGCUCUCCCAAGAUUUCACGGACGACUCUCACCUGGACACAGUCUCGUUCGACGAUUACGAAGACGAUUAUGCACAGGACAUGGACGGGUAUGAUUUUGACGACGACGCUAUCAUUGCCGAGGCCAACGCAGAUGCACUCGCCAAUGACGGCGACGGCUGGUACGGAUCCGAGUUUGGCUUUUACUCUGCCCCAGGCCCCCAACGUCACAGCCGGGAUAAUUCCGACGAAAAGACGUUUGAAUACUCCAACGGGGGCUUCUUUGGACCCUCAGGCGUCAACAGGUCCAAGUCGGGACGUGUUGUGUCCCGCGAGCCCAAUCUGACACCGAUUACGGAACGUUCAGAGUACUCUAACCGCAACUCGAUCAUGAGCCUUGCCGUGCCGCCCCUGGGCUCCGGCCCAUCCAGUCUUGCGAGUCCUGGCCUGGCUCAACUGGCCAUGAUGGCCGACGGCGACGACAACAUGAACCUGUCGGCGCUGUUGCGACUGCGAUCCAGGGCGUGGGGUGGGUCGCAGAUCAGUCUCAACUCGAGCCGCGAGGGAUCACCAAUGUCGGAGCGCGGAGACGGUGCGAGCUCGCCGUGGGGGUCGAUACCGCCAAACAGUUUUCUCAGCCAUUACGGACACGGGCGCAAGAACUCAUCCUUCUCCAUGCGCAGUCGCGACGUGGACUCGUCCGAAGCCGGCAGUGCGUCUGGCUCGCCCACACUGACCAUGUCGAUCCCCAUGAUGAGCUCGCCGCCCCCGCCGCUCCCGUCCAUGAUCCCCACGAGCCCGCUCAGCUUCUCGGCGUCGAACAAUGCGCCAUCGUACCUGUCGUUCCACGAGCCGGUGCUGCCAUCCAUUGAACAGGAUGGCGAGUCCUCUACGUUCAGCAACACGGCGAGUCCUGAGUUCCAGAGCCCCGACUUGUCGCACCCGAAUCUCUCUUCGCCGCCGUCGAAUGCGUCGUCAUCGCGUAGACCAGGACUGGGCCACAAGCACAAGAGCUCGGCCGACAGCAUCUCCUAUAUCAAAGAGGAGGAUCGAGGCGAGUCGCGGUGGAUCUUGGAGAGGCGCUACACGGCCGAAACGGGGCAGGUCGAGGUGGAACGCGAAGUCCUCGAGAAGGGGCGUAUCUGA